AUGUUUGUGUCUGGAAAAUAUGGGAGAAUGAGCAAACAUUCUAUGGCACUUUCAGGUGUAGUUGACCUUAAAUACGCGCUGUCUGGAAAAGUUAGUAGGUUUGACAUUAUUUCUAGUUUAAAGAAGCUUCAUAUGCAUAUGUCAAUGGUGCAGAGUAAACUCUUUUUGCCGUUCAUUAUCCGCGAUGAAAAUUUUGAGUACAUCAAUCCAUUCUCCAUAUCUCCUAUUGAUCUUCAUUGGAAACACAAGAGGCUUAUCAAAAACCUGGGUGAUUCAGAGCUUUCUGCUCAGUGUCCUGCAUACCAGCCAUUUAAUCUACGUAUUCGAUUUAAAAAUUUGCCUAAAGCAUCUUUGACAAUGUAUCUAGUAAGCCAAGUUUUGCAGAGUUCUCACAACCUUGUCAGUUCACCAGCUAAUCUUGUUCCAAAUGUGGAUAUGAAUUUCUCCAGUACUUCGAAUUCUGCUGGUAGUUCAUUUACUUGUGGUCAAGAUGCACAUGAUACUCAUACUCUUGGAAAUGCAAAAAAUGUAUCUGCUAGCGAAUUACAACCGACAUCAUUACUUAUGCGUUUAACAGAAGAUGUUAUUCUUGAUGGGAAUGUUAAAGACAGUUAUGAAGUUAUUUUUACGAAUCUAGAUCCAUUCAAAUAUCAAGAAAAACGUAUAUUAUUACUAGUUACACUAACUCGAACUGGACCUAUGCAUUUAAAACGAGCAAAAACUGGUGGAAAAUCUUCGAUAGGAUCUAGUGGUAGUGAUAAGUUACAACAGUCUAACUCUUUGCUCAAACGUCCAAUUGGUGUUGCUUGCCUAGAUAUCACAUCUUCAAUCAUACCGUAUUUCAAUCGUUCAUCAUUUGACUGGGAGUUAUGCAAACCAGCAAAAGAUGAUUCUUCUCUACUGGAUCAUAAACGUAUAGUGAAUUUUAAACUAACUGGUGAACAAUUUCUACCAGAAGCUUUGUUACGUGCAAUCAAUGAUACACAAGUUUUAUCAUGGAACAGUCCAAACUCGGGUUAUCCUGAUACAGAUUUAACAGCAAUUCUAAAUAUCCCGAGUAUUUCAUUAGACUCAUCAGAAGUUCCAAAGUUAGAGGUGCAUGAAAUAACAGUUUUAAAUCCUACAGAAGCUCAACCAUUUACUCGAGAUGUAUUCUAUGUACGUCGUUAUGCUUCACCUUAUUUCAAUCAUACUACGGUGAAUGGUGAAACUCAGCCAAGACGUGAACUCUAUGUGACUUUAGUAUCUGGUAAUUUUUCUAAAGGCAAUAAAACACGAGAACACAAUAUUGAAGUUGAAGUCAGUGCGAUAGACAGUAAUGGUAAUUGGUUAAAUCUAAACAAUUCAUCUGAACAACUGUCACCUAUUCACAAAUCUGUCGUUUACUAUCAUAAAAAUCAACCAUAUUGGAGUGAGCUAUUUAAAAUCACUUUACCCUAUUCUGAAAUUGAAUCAUCUUGUACUAUGACAACACUGGGGAAUGUAAAUGAUAGCGCGGGUGGUGGUGGUGGUGACAAUGGAGUCAGUUGUGAGAAAUUUGAACACCAUCAACAACAAAUGUUUACUGCAAAUCCAACAUAUCCUGGUACACUAGCAGGUGUACAUCUGCGAUUUUUGUGUCGUCAUCGUUCAACGGUACCAGGCGAUUCUGAAGGCAAAGUUAUAGGAGUUGCAUAUUUACGCUUACAACCGAGUACAUCUGUACCUGUGCUGAUACCCGAUGGAGAUUAUCACUUGUACAUACAUAAGAUGGAUAUGGCCCAGGUGAAUGCAUGUCGUUAUCUAUGCCAACCAUUUUAUUGUGAAGAUGAUGCACCAAUUUUGUAUGGUUCAAGUAGUGGUUCCGGUUCUGGUUCUAUCGGUAGUACAAUUAGUUCAGGUUCUUUAAAUUCAAGUGGAUGGAGUAAUAUGUUGUCUAUACCAAACUUUUCAACAUCUUCAACUUCGUCAUCACGUAAUCGUAUGGAUACAUUACAUGUACAAACACUUGUUUGUAGUAAUUAUCACACUACAGAUGAAAAUCUAACCAAAGUUCUGUUAUGGCGUAAUUACCAGGAGGAUAUAAUUAUGUGUCUUCGCCAAGGUAUUUAUCUGUCAAGGAAAGAUAAUGAAUUAAGAAAGUUUACGCGAUCAUUAAUUGACAGUAUGUUACAACUCCUGCAAACUACAAUGGAUGAAGACUUACAGCGUAUUACAAAUUUAAAUUUAGGUUAUAGUCUUCUCAUGGGAUUGGCUCGUUGUUAUAAAGACUUGACAAUUGAUUCAUAUAGACAACAAGUAAUACUUAGAUAUCUCAAUGGCUCUGGAUUUAUCUACAAUAAAGUAUACAUACCGUAUUUACAACUGUUGAAUGCAAUGUUGUGUGAAAUUAUCUCUCCGGUUUUAUAUCAAAAUCAUCCUUAUCCUAAUUCCGCCUCUGUUACGGCUGCUUCUGUCCCGUUACAUUCUACUGGUAGAUCUAAACUGGAUCAUCAGAUGGGAAAUAAUCGAAAUGGUGUUGGUAGUGGUGGAGGUGGUGGUGCUGGUGCUGGGAUAGCCAACUAUUCUACUCCCCAAUUCUUUGAUAUAAAAGCUGUACAACUUAUAUUUUCUACAAUACACUGGGCAUUUUUAAUUAUUGUUCGAUCAAGGCAAUUAGAUAUUAUGCAAUUGAAUGGUCACUCUCAGAAAGAAGCUGAAUUACUGUUUAUACGUCAGGUGGAAUCUUUUCUCUCUGGUAUAAUUGAUGUCACUUGUCAUACUGAAGAUGUUCUACUUAGAUUGAUUAUCUUUAAGCAUGUUCCAGAGAUUGUUAAAUGUUUAACAGAAGUUUAUCCCAAGUUAAAACUGUCUCAAUUCAUUGUCCGGUUGAUUACACGUACACUAGAGAGUACUGAACUGCCAAGUCAGAAAAUUCUAACUGAAACCAUUCAUUCAAGUCUAUUCACUGAUGCUCAAUGUCGUCAUCUUCUUGUACCAACGAUUCAGUCAAGUUUAACGCAUGUUUUCACAGAAAAAUUGGAUAAAGUUCUUAAUUCUAAAAAUAAUGAAAAUACAGCCAUAAUGGAUGUUUGGUGCGAUGUACUGCUUUCCUUUGUGGACAGUUUCACAAAAGCCACUGAUACUACCAAUGCAAACACAUGUGAUGUUAGUAGCAAUAAUCACCGUCCUAAAGAAGAAGAAGAUGGAGAAGGAGAAGAGGAUGAUAAUAGUGAAACUGCAUCAUCUAAAGCCUCAUUAACACCGACAAGAAAAUCAUCAUCUACUGUUGUAAUCGAUUCUACUUCUUUUUAUAAUGAUAAAUCAUCAGAUGAAAUUUUUAAUCUACUCAUUAAACGUGAUUUUCUGCGUUGGACUAUGCAACAGUUAUCAAGGAUUUUAAUAUUUAUACAUCAACGUAAUUCUAGUCUAUACUGUCAACCUAUGAAUUGUGAUUCAUUUGCUGUUGUUGUUGCUGGUGGUGGUGGUGGUGGGGGCGGUGGCAGUGCUAGUAAUAGCAGUAGUUGUUGCAGUAGUGGUGGUACAACAUUACCGUCAGUAAAUAAAUUAUCACCUUCAAAACCGCCUAUUCAUCCAUCUUAUCAUCGAUUACAACCAAUUAUGGGUUGUUUAUCCACUGUUCUCUUCUCGUUACUACGACUACUGACAAAAUCUAGUUGGAUAAAAUUUCUCGACUCUGUAUAUGAAACUGAAGAAUCUUGUCGGUGUAGUUAUUGCCAUAAUCUACAACUUGUGGGUAUUUAUGAUUUUCUGCAUGAGUUAAUCAAUCUCUUCUGUUUAAUGCAUUUAUAUCCGGCUUAUCCAUCACCAAUGUUUCGGUCAAGAUCUGACAGAAUCUGGGCAGUCGGUAGGUAUUCAUGGGAGGAUGGUAGUUAUGCUGAUGAUAGACGAUCAGAGAAUUAUGAUCAAAAGUUGAUAUCUUCAUCAUUAUCAUCAUCUCAACAGAAUAAUUUAUCGAAUAUCUCGUCUAUGAAUCAGCAUAACAAUGCUGAACUAUUCUCUCAGUCAUGGAUUGAAAUGUUGGCGUUGAUAUCAAAUUCUGAAUUGGAUGUUAUUGAAGUACUGAUUGAACUUGCUAUUAAACCAUUUUUCCUUGAUUCUAAAUUGGAUAAUAAGUUUUUAUUACAUUCUACUCAGUCGUCAUCAUCCUCAUCGGCAACAGCAGUCUAUCAGGCAGAACAGUGUUUAUCCACAGAUAUUAUUGAAUUGCUUGCUCAGUGUUUAACUGGAUUCGCUGUGGAACAAGCUCAUUUAUGCGUAGAAGCUCUGCCUCCUGUAACUCGAACUCGUAUUGAUCAAAGUUUGACUAAUCACCAUUCAAUUGAUAUGCGACAAAGAGCAUGUAAUUUACUAUUAUCUCUAUGGCAUUCUAUCGACGAUCGUUCAAAAGCAAAUUAUAUUCAAAUUUUCCUUCCAAAUGUGAUUAAUAUGGCUACAUUACCACUUCCACAAAUACGCGAAAUGUGCGUAGACUGUAUAUUGAGUGCAUUGACUAUCCAUUCAUCCACUGUGGAGCAUGUAUUCGUCAGUGAAAUUGAUCGUGUUGUUCAAUGGGCUGGUACAGAUUUUGCUGCAGAUAUUCGUGAUCUUUUACAAAGCCGUUUGUUGAACAGUAAAAGUUCACAACAAACACUUCAACGUACCACUCCUCACACUACACCUGAUGAUGUACACUUAGAUCAUAGACAACGUGUUGUCAAUGAUUUCAGUAAACAAAUUGACUGUCUUCUGCAUUAUGGUAAAUUUAUUAAUCAUCCAUCACAGAUGAAUGAAAUGUUGGCAUUCUGUAAUCUAAGAAAGUUUUAUGAAUCUAUCAAUCGUAAAGAUAUGAUUCUACGCUAUUUAUACCGAUUGGAUCGAUUACACGCUGCAUAUUCAAAUAAAACAGAACGUGGAUAUACUCUGGAGUUAAUUAGUGAGAAUUACUCGUGGGAUGAAAAUAGUGUUGAUGUAAAUGAUGUUUCACCGCAUUAUGUACAAUAUGGACAGAAUUCUUCACGUGAAUUACGUGAACAUUUAUUAUUAGAUAGUUUUGAAUAUUUAAAACAAGGUACAGAUUGGGAGCAUGCAAUUGAAAUAUCAAAUAAACUAGUUCAUCUAUAUCGUGACGUUAUGCCAAAUUAUGAACGUCUUAGUGAAAUAUUGGAAGAACAAGCUCAUCUCUACAAGCAUAUUGUGUCAAGUGAACAGUCACGUCUACCAUUUCGUUAUUAUUUAAUUGAAUUCUAUGGUCCAGCUUCGUCAUUAAUUACAACUAAUCGGAAAUUAAUCUAUCGUACAAUAUCAGAUUUAGGCGAUGUGUUAAAUAUGCUAACAGAACAAUUUCCUGAUGCUAUCAUACUGAAUCAACCAUUAUCAACUACCAGCCAAUCAUCAGUAGCAGCUGAUAAAUUUUGUAUAUUUGCCAGUGGAAAUUUAGAACCUGAAUCAGAGAUACCUGAACACUUAGAUUCACGUGUUGUUGAUAAUAAAAUAAAAAGCUACUACUCCAAAAAUCGUGUCAAAUACUUUUUACGUCAUCGACCAUUACAACCGACAGAGAAAAAAGAUGGUCGUCUUGUAACCAAUACUGAAGAGACGCGGUAUUGUAUAACUGAGACUAUGCCAAAUAUUAUUCCUAUUAUGCCAGUGGAUAGAGUAGAGAUUCGUAUGUUAAGUCAAACAGAAUGGGCCAAUAAACAGAUUCAAGGCAUUAUAAAAGCAUUGCAUGCUGAUUUGAUAUCAGCUAAAUCACAAGAGUCUAACAUCUCUCAAUAUAUUGGUAAACUUGUCUCCUCUAUUCAAUCGCCUGUCAGUGGUGGAGUACCGAAAUUAGUGAAAGAUGUUGAAUUAUCCGAUGAUCCUCGACAGGAGAAGUGUUUCUCUCAACUAGCUGACAGUGUUUUGGAACUCUUGGAGUUACAGUUAACCUUUUUAAAAUUUUGGUAUACAACUGAUCCGCCUCCACCUCCAGCAUCUCAUCGUCUAAUUGCAAUGCGUAAUCUUGACAUCGUUGAAAAUACUAGUGGAUCUAAUGUUUCUUCUAAUGUCAGUGGUGCUGCAGGUACCGGUAACUAUCUCCUCUAUGAAAUGAUUGGUUACUAUGAAAUCCUAGUACGUGAUAUGAGUCGGAAAUUCGGCUUCUCUGUUGAUCAUUUGAAUGCUGACAGUCUUCGUUAUGGUCCAAUAUCUACCGAUCGACAAGGCACUGUUAGUGGGAUUAGUACUAGUAAUACGAAUAUACUGUCUCCACUUCGUCGUAAUUCGCGUUCAUCACAAAACGCCAUGAAUACCAGUGUUGGUACAAUCACUCAAUCAACUGUGCCAAGAGUUUUCUUUAGGCCCGAUUAUUCUGGUUUUGAACAUUCAACUAUUCGUUCUUUACAAAGAUCAUUUCAAACGUCGGGUAGUGGACGUACUCCUUUAGAAUCGAUAACAUUUCCCACAUCGACAAAUAAAUCCAACUCCUUUUUCAAUAUUUUGUCAGCAGAGCCUCCACCACUGCCUGAUCGUCCACUGUUAACAAAACCAGUUAUUCAAACAAAAAUUCCUAGCAGUGCUAGUGAUACUACCACUGGCAGUAGUGGUAACGGCAAUCGUCCAACAUCUUUAACUACGAACAAUAACAGUAUUAGUAAUAUUUCUGGCAGUUACGGUGAUAGUAGUAGUGGUUCUAACACUGGUAAGAGUAAUACUGGUGCUAGUAGUCACGAGUAUCCUAGUACUCCACGUGGUAGAACCAUUACACCAGAUGAAGAUUCUCCCAAUCACUACACUAGUAAUAAUACAGAUAAUGGAAAGAAACAAUUGACUAGUCCUAGUAUAAUCUCACGAAUUGAAUCCAGUCCUAAUGUGAUACGGGGUAGAUCGCGUCCACUGCCUCCUCUACCGCCUACACCCGUUCGAUCGUCUUCUAUUGCACGAACAGAGAAUGUAAAUAAUCGAUCAAAACAAAAGUUCCUAACAAGUAGUGGUAAUUUGACCAAUAAUGAGUCAGCACCUCCUUUACCUGAGAGAAAAAGUAAAGUCUCUUGUCCUUCAAUGACGCCAAUUGUGCAAUCACCAGGACGUCGAAAUCAUGAUGAUCCAUCAUUCGACUUUACUUGA